AAAGCUGCGAGGGCCGGGCCGCCGAGGGCUUUCUCUCCUUCCCACCCCGGCCCCAGGAGACGCAUCGCGAGCCGGGGCCCCGGCCGCUGACGCUGCUCCUGCUUGCGACCGAGGAGGCGGCUAGCUCGGCGCUGCCCAGCCCCGGAGGGACCCGGAAGCAGAAGCGGGGCCAGAGCAUCCAGAGCUGAGCAGUGUCCCCCAGCUGCCCGCCGGGGCUGGGUGCUGGGUCGAACGGCUGGAUGGGCAGCGGCGGCGCCCGCAGCCGGCGGCGAUGGGAGAGGAGCAGAGCACGGUGAAUGCAGACUGUCCCGCCGAGGGACGGCCCCCGGGAGGCGGUGAAGACUUGGGUGAGGAACAGACCGAGCGGCGGCGGCCGCAGAGGGAGGGCAGCGGGGCAGCAGGGCCCCGAGCCCUGUCCCCGGACCCGGGCGGCGGCGGCGGCACCGGGGACGGGGCUUCCCCGGAGCACAGCCAGAGGGGUAGCAAAGAGCGCGGGCAGCCCGCCGCAGCGAGAUCCACGGAGCCACUAGAUCCCCGAACGUUGCAACAGCAGCAGGAGGAAGAGCAGACGAGGAGAGAAUGGGACGGGUCUUCCGAGCCCGAGUUUGGGGAGAGAGCCAGCUCCCACGACGGACUGGUCUUGGAAGUGCUUGGCCGGCGCCGCCACCCUCCACCCAAGAAACACAUCUACUGCACCGUGUACUGCGUGGAAAACGACCUGCCCGAGGCCAAUACCCGGGAGCAGCCUUCGUCUCCAAACACUCUGGCCUCCCCAGUGCCUCUUGCAGUCCCUUCCUCCACCACCUCCACCAGCUCAGCGACCUCCUCCCCUAGUCCUGGCUUGUCGCCCCCCUCGGACCCUCUGGCCUUCGACGGCGGCGGGGGCGGCAGCAGCGUCGAGCUCGACUUAUAUCUAGCUCCUGAACCUUUUUCCGUGUCCAGCCUGAUCGGAGCGCCGCCCUAUCCCGGCCUGGGAGGGUUGGCGGACCCUUAUAGCCCCCUCCUCGUGUUGAGCUGUCGGGUGUGUCUGGAGGAUAAAGCUAUCAAGCCCCUGACGUGCUGUAAAAAGGCUGUGUGUGAGGAGUGUCUGAAGCGCUACCUGAGCUCCCAGGUCCAACUUGGCCAAGCAGAAAUCAAAUGCCCCAUUACCGAAUGCAAUGAAUACCUAGAGGAAACAACUGUUCUGUAUAACCUGCCACAUGAUGAUGUCAUCAAAUACAAGUACUUCUUGGAACUCAGCCGUAUUGACUCCAGCACCAAGCCAUGCCCUCAAUGCAAGCACUUUACGACCUACAAGAAGAGAGGAUAUGGUCCAACCCCUACCAAAUUGGAAAACAAAUACAAAAUCCAGUGCCCCAUUUGCCAAUUUGUCUGGUGUUUUAAGUGCCACUCACCCUGGCAUGAAGGAGUUAACUGCAAGGAGUACAAAAAGGGAGACAAGUUAUUGCGUCACUGGGCCAGUGAAAUUGAGCAUGGUCAGAGGAAUGCCCAGAAGUGUCCAAAGUGCAAGAUCCACAUCCAGAGAACAGAAGGAUGUGACCACAUGACCUGUUCACAAUGUAACACUAAUUUCUGUUACCGCUGUGGGGAGAGAUAUCGCCAACUCCGCUUCUUUGGAGACCACACAUCAAACCUCAGUAUAUUUGGAUGCAAAUAUCGCUACCUCCCUGAGAGACCGCAUUUAAGGAGAUUAGUGCGAGGCUCAGUAUGUGCUGGAAAAUUAAUCAUUGCACCUCUGAUCCUGGUUUUGGGACUGGCACUUGGGGCCAUAACCAUUGUAAUAGGUUUAUUUGUAUUUCCCAUCUAUUGCCUUUGUAAAAAGCAAAGAAAAAGAUCACGGACAGGUAUGCCCUGGUAAAAAGCAAACUUUUUUCAUCCGCACUGAUCUGAGCCCUGCCAAGGGUUAUACAAAAUGGUGCAACGAAGAACAUGGGCAUCCAUAUCCAAGUCGCCAUCCUGAAAACUGAGAGGGACUUCUUGCCAUCUCCUCUCCUCUUGGUUCACUGCUGCAGGCCAGAAUGCCUCCUUGCUAUGGUGCACUCCAAAAAUGGUAGCCUACCCCUUUUCCCCUUUUUGAUUGCUGCUUUAAAAAAAUUAAGGAGUUGCUCUCCAGGUUACUUUCAUAGACUUCUGUAUUUAAAUUAAAACCCCUCCUGUUGUUCUAUUAAGAAAGCAUUUUUGUUAACAACAUGUAGCUUUAUCUGUUUAGGAUUUUUAUGAGAAACAGCUGAAGGUAGUUCAAAUUGUCUUUGUGUCCUGAACACUGAACCUCUUGCUCAUCUUUUGGGAUGUGCUCUGAAUAGCUCACAUCCUUUGUCUACCAUUAAGCAAAGUCAAAUUUCAGAAGACAGAGGCUCAUCAUAUCCACUUAUUUCUACCUAUGGACCAAGCAGUGUAAUUCAGCCAUUUGGCAGGAGUUGCAGUUGCCAAAAAUCUCAGUGCCUAAAAGAGAACUAAUGAAAACAAAUUAAUGAGAAAAAGCAUGUGGCAUAAUGAAAUCCUUGUAUAGGUGUGUAAGUAAACAUGUUUUAGAGUUGACCCCAAUAACCCCAUAGUUGUCUAGUCACAUGAUACUGCAUUAUUCUUCCAUAUUUUCAUAGGGCUGUUUCAGAUUGGGCUUAGAUCCUCUGCGGUCUCAGGACGCACAAAGGUCAAUGUGAAAGCUAUGCAAGGAAUCUCUUGCUAUUAUUAAAAAAAGACAAUGUUAUUUAGUACAGUAUCGAAUUUUGUGGACCAAGAGAAUUGAUACAAUGGUCUCAGAAGUUGAGUCCUGGAAAAAUGCUCCUUAUUUUUCUUCUGGUGCAUCCUUUACUGUGCAUAGAACAAUAUGAAUUUCCGUGAAAAUGCACGAGAAUUUCAUUAGUCAAUCCAAAGAAUAGAUUUUAUUUGAAAUGAAAACUGCUUAAAAUCCUUUCUAGAAUCAGAAAGCUUUUAAAUUGUGGUCAUAAAGAAUUGUAUCUGAGGUUAAAACUCUAUAUCAUUUCCUAUCCCUUAGUUUUUUGAUCUUGGACUUUUCACAGAAACACUUUGUUUUCAGAUGUAAAUCUCAUGCCUGCUGUUCAAAUUUUGUUACUCUUAGUGAUAUUAUGGAAGGGGUACACUAAAAACAAGGUUCCUGUGAUCCUGGUUAUGUACUUUUCAAACAAACAAACAAAACCCUAAAUCUGCUGCUAGAGAAGAAAAUGGAGAAAAUAA